AUGCAAAAAUUUAAAGAUAUUGUUUCACGUCUACCUGUGUCAAAACCAUUAAAACAGCAACUUGAAUUACUUCUAAGUCAAUAUAAUGAUGAUGAUUCAAAUUCAUUGCAAAUGUUGAUUGUGCAAACACAUGACUUAUUGACAAAAAAUAAUUUUACUCUAUCAAAAUCGAAAAAAUCUUCAGAAACAAGUAAAUUAAUGAAAUCAACUUCUGAAACAGCCGAAGAAUUAACAAAUCAAGAAUUAUUAAACGAAGUAUUUGAUAUAUUGUUAGCAGACGAAGCAUCAGAUUGUUAUUACUCAUCGGAAUAUGAAGAUAUCAAAGAAAACAUUCGUCAAAUAUUUAAUAAUAUGGAAAAAGAAAAUCAAGGAUUACGAAAACAGAUUAAUGCAUUAGAAGCACAUAUCGGCAAUAUUGCCAUGCAACUCAGAAAUAAACUGGUACAAUUUAUCAAACCACAUCUUUCGUUUCGAGCUGCCAGAGACGAAUAUAUUCCUUUAUUACAAACAGAAGAACGAUAUCAACAAUUACCAAAUUUCAUUAAAGAAAAUGAUGCUAACUUAUCAAUUUCUGAUCUAGUACGGCAGAUAAAAACACUUUUACAUGCUCGUGUGCCAAAAGCUCAUCAAGAAACACCAGUGACUGAACGGGAAAUUGAUAUGCUGCUUCAUGAUUAUAAAAAACAAUGUGAUGAAUACACAAAAGAAGCAGCAGAAACAGUCGUACGUUUCUUCAAACUUUUAUCAAAAUAUCUUAAUGAGCCAUUGAUUGUUAGUUUAACUUGA